AUGCAUAGCGCCCUCAAUCUUGCAAACAUAACGCGGUUGCGGUUCCUCAGUCUCACUGCGCCAAACAACCUUACGGAAAAACUCCUUUCUAUCACUUUACGUAUUUCAAGCAAAAUCGGAUUGUUCAUUGAUCACAAGCUGCAAGCAGCGGAAAUGAUGAGAACGAACGUGAAAUCAGAGUCCAAAGAGAAAGCGACACCGAAGAUCGACUCGAAAUCCGAUCAUGUGCCACCAAUUCCAGAAAAAAAGAUGAUCACCAAUCAGCCUCUCGAUCAGAAACUCGAGUUGUAUGCCACCAGCAAAGUCGACUUCAGAGAUAAUAUAGAUGACAAGCUCGAAAGCGGAAAUGCAUAG